ACAAACACUAACAUUAUAAGUUUUUUAAUUAAAUUUUGUUAAUGGUCUUCAAUAUAUCGAAUUUAUGUGGAGUUUAAAACAUUAUAAAACAGAAGUGUUGUAGCUAUUCUAAAUACUCAUAUUUAAUAAAUGCUUAUGCAUCGCUACGGAGUAUCUUGUGUUUAUAUAUAUAUGUUUGUGUGUUUAUAAUGGUCAGAAUGUUCUAAUGUUCUCCGACGUACUUUGACAAUUGUCAUUCUCAGCUGGAAAAGGGGAGAUCCUGUACUGAAAGUCUCUGUCGCAACACGAGAAUGAACUAAAAAACGGGAAGGAUAGGACUUCCUUGCCCAAGUUCAAGAACAUUUUUUGAGGCAAAAAGGCCGGCAGUUAAAAAAUUCUAUACACAGUAAAUGAGAAAUUAAAGAAUAUCGAGUAAAGAGAAAAACAUAAUUUAUAGAAGAGAAUACAAGACACCUCUUUCAAAUUCUAAUGAAAUACAAGACUUUAAUGCAUAUUGCGACUGCAGCUGUUGUAUCGUACAUAUGCAAAUAACUGAUUUCAUUCCUGUAACUCAAAGCAUCCGGCAUCUUCACACAUAGAACCUUUUUUCUUUACUUCUUUCGUUUAUUGCUUUUUUUAUAGUAAUAUAGUGGCACAUUUUUUGUGAUAGCUUUUUGUUUAAUUCUUUUUAACAACAAACACCAUCAACCUUUUUUGCACAAAUAUGCCUCGCGGCAAACGUCGUGCCAAUCACGAUAUGGGCGAGGAUGAUCGCCAGACUUCAAAAAGACAACGCAACACAUAUGCAACAGCCACAGCAACAGCACAGCAUACGAGCCGACGCCACAUAAGAGCAGAAGACACAUUUAGCCAUAAAAGAUGUUUAGCAUGGUUUAGAGAGUACACAAGUCCUGACGAGGACACUUUAGGUCCCGAUGGCAUGGAGAAAUUUUGUGAAGAUAUUGGUGUGGAACCUGAAAAUGUUGUCAUGUUGGUAUUGGCAUAUAAAAUGGGCGCAACACAAAUGGGCUUCUUUAGUCAAUGUGAGUGGCUAAAGGGUCUAACGGAACUAGAAUGUGAUUCUGCUGUCAAAAUGCAAUCAAAAAUCGAUUACUUAAAGAGUAUAUUGAAUGAUCCCAACAUUUUCAAGAGUAUAUAUCGUUAUUCGUAUGAUUUUGCCAAGGACUCCGAUCAGCGCAGUAUGGAUAUUAAUACGGCAAAGGCUAUGCUACAAUUGUUACUGGGCAAACAUUGGCCACUAUAUCCGCAGUUUGCACAAUUCCUGGAUCAAUCAAAGUACAAAGUCAUAAAUAAAGAUCAAUGGUGUAAUAUUUUGGAAUUUUCACGUACCAUUAACAAUGAUUUAACAAACUACGACAUAGAUGGAGCCUGGCCUGUUAUGUUGGAUGAAUUUGUAGAAUGGUUACGUACGUUACGCACUUGUACAAGUACAACAUCGAGCUGAAAUUUUUGGUAUAAUCCCUGGUAUUAUUAACUACAACACCAAUCAGCGUACUAAAUGCAGUAGAUGAACUCCCCCCCCCCCCCCCCCCCCCCCCACAACUUCCCAUUUCUUCUUCUUCCGUUCAAACAAGCCUCAUGUGUCAUAUUCCAUAAAUACAGUAGCAAUAACUACACACACAAGAUCGAAAUGAAUCUUUCAACAUCCAAUUAAAAAAAAAAAUAUUCUUCUGAUACAAGAUUGAAUUAACCACAUAUUAAUUAAGAAAUUUCUAAAAGAAUAAAAUCAGAAAAUCUCAAAUAAUCACAACAAAAAGCAAAAAGAAUUCUGAAACAAAAAAGAUAUAUCGGUAUAAGGCGAUAUGUACGUUCGGGUUGCAAAAACAAAACACAGAGUCAGAGUCUCACUCAAACAGCAGGUUUACAUAAUUCCCUGUCUCUAUCUAUACAAUCUGUUCUUUCACUUCCAUCUCUAUGCAAAAAUUCUCUCAAAUCAGCCUAUUAAAGACGAUAUAGCUCUGGCCACUGAUUCAUAGGUUGACUUAAGUCAUUAAGUAUGGAUUUGAUGUAAAAUGCAUUAUAUUGGAUAAGUUACUUUAAAUUAAAUAACAACAAAGAAAAAAUAAUAAAAACACAAACGAAGAGGAGGAAAGCUUCAAAAACGGAUACAUACAAUACUACUAUAGUAAGACAUUCUCUCUUAUUCAAUAUGAACGAAAGAAAUCAUGUGUGUGCGUGUGAAAAUUAAAAACUAUAAAGUGAACGAAGAUAUGAAAAAUAUAAUUUUUAAUUUAUAAAAUUAAGAUAUUUAAUAAAAGAGAAAACCAAACAUAGAUAAUGUCA